AUGCAAGCGAACGAGGGGGCAGCUGGCCUGCAGCCUGCUGGAGUCCGAUGGUUGACACCAGGUCUGAGGAAGUAUGCCUGUGAACUCACACUGGAUCCAAACACAGUGAACAAAAACCUCAAACUGUUUGAUAACAACAGGAAGGUGACAUGUGCAUUAGAGGACCAGCCAUAUCCUGAUCAUCCAGAUAGAUUUGAUGACUUGAAUCAGGUGCUGUGUAGAAAUGAUCUGACUGGUCGCUGUUACUGGGAGGUCGAGUGGAAAGGAGGAGUUUAUAUAUCAGUGGGUUACAGAGGAAUCAACAGGAAAGGGGGGAGUGCUGAGUACCGCUUUGGAAAGAAUGACCAGUCCUGGUGUCUGAAGUGCUCAGAUUUUUUUCACUCUAUCUGGCAUGAUAACAAAGAAACAUCCAUCCCGUCUCCCUCCUCCUCCUCCUCUGUCUCUAACAGAGUAGGAGUGUAUGUGGACUGUCCUGCUGGCACUCUGUCCUUCUACAGAGUCUCUUCUGACACACUGAUCCACCUCCACACCUUCAACACCACAUUCACUGAACCUCUGUGUGCUGGGUUUGGGUUAAGGUUAAUCCAUCCUGAUUCCUCAGUUUCUCUGUGUCCUCUGUAGGACGGAGUCUCCUCCUGUCAAAGAAUCUUUCUCAUGUUAGUAACAACCUGAUUAGGGAUGAGAAUUGAUUUUAUUGAUAUCAAUUCCAUUAUCGAUUCUGCUCAUUGGCCAAUUCUUUAUCGAUUCCUGAUCAAUUCUUUGUGUGGAAAAAGUUGUCCUACAUAUAUUUUCAGUGACAACCCAACUGUCUGAUCUCCACUGUUUAUCAGUGACUUCUUGUAUGAAACAUAAAUGGUAUAUAAGAUAAAUGGUCCGCAGCCAAAAGUUUACUGCAUUAAUUUAUUAAUUUGAAAGCAUCUUGCAGUCUCCAGCCUGUAUGAGAACAACAUGAGGGGGAGGCAGAUGUUUUGUUGUUAUUACCGUUAACAUUACAUCUAGCAGUGGAGAGCAGCCUCUCUGCUGCACCGUUGGCUCAGUGAGAAUAAUCACUGUCCAACAGACUGAGCACCAAGUUAAGUUCUUCACCUCAGAGUUGUGUAAUGCUGUAGUGUGUGUUGGUCAGCCUGCCUCGUUGGUUACUGCUCACUGCUACUGUUCACUCGCCACUCCGCUGCUUACAGUAUAGAAAGUUCACAGUAAACCUUCCAUAUUUUGCCUCUUAUCCGUGUCGGGUCGCGGUGGCAUCAGGCCAAGCAGUGAAACCCAGACCUCCUUCUCCCCAGCAACACUCAUCAGCUCCUCCUGGAGGAUCCCAAGCCG